AUGGCGGGGAAGAUGACGCCAAAUAAUGUUACCGUCUCCCUUUUGCUAAGGCAGGCCAUCUACUACCAUCUCGACAAUUGUGCCUACGAGAGCGCACUCUUCUUUGCCGAGCGACUCUAUGCCCAUGACCAAUCCUUUUGCGAUUCCGCCUAUCUCCUCGCCUACACCCAUUUGCGACUCGGCGACGCUCGAACCGCCUACCACGUCAGUCGGGGCUCGGGGUAUAGAGGUUCGCAUUUAGGGUCCUGCUACGUUUUCGCGCAGGCGUGCUUGGAGUUGGAGCGAUACAAAGACGGAAUAACGGGCUUGGAGAAUGGGAGGAAACAAUGGUCCAAGGCGGACAACUUGGGGAAACAUACCUCUUUUACCAGGAUGCCAUAUCCCGAUGCAGCUGCCUUUAGCUGUCUCCUGGGCAGACUUUACCGAGCAUAUGACGAUAAGAAAAAGGCCAUACCAUGUUUUGAGGAGGCCCUACGACGGAAUCCGUUCAUGUGGGAAGCUUUCACAAACCUUUACGACAUGGGAGUGAGCGUCAGAGUGCCGAACGUUUUCAGGGCGAGCGAUGGUCUUGCGCAAACCCUCGAGUAUGGCCUCAACGCUACGCCGAUUCUUGCUUGGAUUGCAGGUCCUUCUCCGCAACCACCAGAGCCCUUGCAGCAAAAGAAGACUGGCCAGCAACAAAACAGACAGCCAAGCGAUCCAUUCGGGCCAUAUGGGACAUCCCAGGAAUCGGCGUCGUAUCCAGAUUCGGAAAAUGGCUUUAUAUCCAAGAUGUAUCUUUCUCAGUCAGGCAUUACAUCAAGUCAGCCAGGGAAACCGCUUGAGGAAACCGAUACGCAAUCUGCGCCUGCUCCAACCGCCCAUAAUUCUCAGGUUAGUCGUGCUGCACACCAGGCAGAGCCGCCGCAAGCGCCACCUCGGAGAACUCGGGCUGCUCAGGUAACAGACUCUACUGUAACUGAUGCACCAUCCAAAACGGGACACCGUCUGGGAACAAGAAGGAAAGAUAAAGCUCAAGAAUCAGCCAAAGACCAUGCGGAAUCAGGUACCAAAACAUCAACGGUUUCCAGCUCAAUGACUGAAAGAAAACGCACGGCAGCAGGGCAUCCAGUCCAAACAAGAUCGAUGAACAAUGAUGAACCUAGGCGAAGUGCAAGACUCAAUGUAGUUCCAAGACCAACGGCAACGAAGACAUCGAGCGCGGGAGCAACCCGUGAGCUGAGGAAGGCUAGGCCCCCAAUAUCUCGAUUUGCUCGGCCGGGCUCUAGUGGAGCAAACGUUGGUCGAGUUAUCAGUGGCAACCGGAAGCCGCCACAGGAGGAUAUUGGUAUGGACAUUGAUCACGCCGAGGCAGUACCACGCGCCAAGGAACCGCCGGUGCUGCAAGCGGCACCACCUCCACCCCCCGCCCCUAAACCAGCAGAGUCUGAGUCUGUCAAGGCGGUUGAAGAAGCUUUGAAAACGAUAUUUGAUUUGUUGAAGAAGUUGGCAUCCGGUUAUGCGCUUUCAUCCCAGUUCCAAUGCCAGGAGGCAGUGGCGGCGUACAUGUCACUUCCGAGGAGUCACCAGGACACACCCUGGGUUUUGGCGCAGAUGGGAAGGACGCAGUAUGAACAGGCCAACUAUGCCGAGGCAGAGAAAUACUUCAAGCGACUUCGCGUUAUUGCUCCGACUCGCCUUGAGGACAUGGAGGUCUACUCGACUGUUCUGUGGCAUUUAAAGAAAGAGACGGAGCUCUCAUUCCUUGCCCAUGAGAUGAUCGACUCAGUAUGGGAUUCACCAGAAGCCUGGUGUGCCCUCGGAAAUGCAUGGUCGUUGGCAUAUGAUCAUGAGCAAGCCCUGAGGUGUUUCAAGCGAGCGACGCAACUGGAUCCCAAGUUUGCGUACGCCUAUACCCUACAAGGACACGAGCAUGUGGAGAACGAGGAAUACGACAAAGCCCUCACGGCCUACCGACACGCCAUAGCGGCAGACAAGCGCCACUACAAUGCAUACUACGGCAUCGGAAGGGUCUACGAGAAGCUGGGUAACUAUGACAAGGCACUGAGCCAUUAUCACGCUGCCUCGGUGAUCCAUCCGGCCCAUGCGGUUUUAAUCUGCUGCAUAGGCUCGGUCUUGCACAGGCAGAAACAGUUCAAACAGGCCCUACCGUACUUCACCAAAGCGACCGAACUGGCUCCACGUGCCCCCGAUGUCCGGCUAAAGAAGGCUCGUGCCCUCUUGCAGAUGGGGCAGUUAAAGGCGGCGCAGACGGAACUCAUGAUUCUGAAGGACUUGGCUCCAGACAGGGCCCAGGUGCACUUCCUUUUGGGCAAGCUCUCCAAGACACUGCACGAUAAGAAAUCGGCGGUGCGCCACUUUACCAUUGCUUUGAGCUUGGAUCCAAAGGCGAGCCUUCAAAUCAAGGAAGCCAUUGAGAGCUUGGAGGACGACGAUGGACCGGACGAUUCCAUGAUGCAGUGA